UUGAAAUAGAAAUCUUGAUUGGUUAAUUCUGAAAGUUAGUACCUGUAUUCUACAGUGAUUCUCUGGAGAUACCUUCACAAACUAAUAGAUAAAAUUAACAUAUCUAUAUUUAUUAUAGAUUAUUUUAUUUUAUUUCUUUAAUGUUAAGACUUUAACAUAACUGUCCAGCCAUUCAAAUAUAAUUUUCUUUCAGUCAUAGUCCAUCUGCUCAGAUGGUCCGAAACCAGUGGACUGAUCCAUUACCUGCUGUAAUGAGAUGGAACAGCAGCAGUGUUUGUUCAAGGAGACCAGAUACGUCAUAAUCUCUCUCCACCAAAGUUGUCUUUAAGGCCACCACAAAUUGUUUUAAAAUAAUUUUGUUUAAUGACACCACUACAAUACUUUGAUUUAUUGAUGAAUGACCAAUUUAACAGAAUUACAGAUAAAGGUUUUUUUCUGGUUAAAUUGACUUCCUAAACAAGACUGCCUUGGUGCCCUUUGAAAAUGUAUGAACGUAGCCUUUGUGCCUUUUAGGUUAGCCUUGGUGCCCUUCAUUUCCUAGAUGUUUAAAGGCUAUUAUAGCCUGCCCUUUUAACACCGAAUUUCGAGGCCUGAUGAUGUGAUGCUGCAGGAUCUCGUCUCGAUAUCUGAUGCCUGUCAAUGCACCUGCCACAUGCACAAGAGCCAUCCUACCACCAUGAUGGAUUCCUACCCACACCAUGACACUGCCACCACCAAAACGGUCGACUUGUUGCACGCAGUUUGGAGCAUAACAUUCCCCUCGACAUCUAUAGACGUGUGCGUCCAUCAGCACAUGACAGGAGAAAACGACUCAUCUGAGAACAAAACAGUCCUCCACCUGGCACAUGUCCAUCUCACCCUCUGCUGGCACCACUAAGAGAUGUGGGGUCAAAACGUUACGUCGCACUGGUCUUCUAGGGAAAAUGCCUGCCUCCCUCAGCCGAUUAUGAACUGUCUGGUAAGAAAUUCUGCACAGUCCAGGGAUUUGUGUCAGCGUGGUUUUUGCACUUGUGGUUCGAUUUCGAAGAUGACACACCCAGAUGUAUCGAUCUUGAGCGGCGGUGGUUACUUUAGGACGUCCUGACCUUGGCCUGUCAUUAACACUUUGUGUGGUGUUGUACCGUGCCUAUAAAGCAGAGACGGUCUGUCUGGAGACGCCAAAGUGCCUUGCCACAGCUUGUUGAGUUGCCCCUGCUUGCAAUCUCCCAGUGGCAUUAUUGCGUUGAGCUGACGUUAAUCUUGGCAUUAUUGCGUUACCUACAGUGUCGUUAUGCGGUCUGUUUGAAUCACUGCUGAUGUGGCUUUUUAUGCCUCACCAAAGGAGGGUUUGGCAUGAAAAGUUACAGAACUUCAUAAUUCACUUGCUUCUCUGAGGAUUGUGCUUUGCUUUUCAGUACAAAAUUGACUAUGGAUACAAUUAUGCGAAUUGAACAUGUUUUAUAGUGUUUUUGCAUCACCAUUUGCUCACUUACUUGACUGUCUUUACGAUGUGUUUGAAUCUGUAAAAAAUAAUCUAACAGCAAUAUUUUUACCAAUGUCAAGUUUCUUUUUUUGAAGAGUAAAUAUCUUCAUAUAUGUCAAUGUUAUUAUCACUGGGCCAGUCAAGCAGUAACACCGUGUGAAUACUAUGUGGUGAGGGUUUUCGAUUACAUAUCAGUCUGUGUUAUGACACAGACUGUUAUCUUGAGUCAACAAAUGCAUGUUUUUAACUUCCUUGUUGUGAACUAUACCACACAGUACGUGUCAUGCAUUAUACAAUACAUGGGUGAAUAUAUAUAUAUAUAUAUAUACAAUGUAUAUGUAAAUAUAUAUAUGUGUAUGUAGGUCAGAACAUUUUGAAUUAUCAUUACAAAACUCAUAAUGGUUUUCUUUUUAUUUCUAUGCAUGUAAUACGUCAACACAUGUAUAACAAAGGCCUAUUCUAGAUAGAAACGUGUGUGUGUGUGUGUGUGUGUGUGUGUGUGUGUGUGUGUGUGUGUGUGUAAAAGGGGUGGUUUGUCAUAUACAAAUGUAUGUACCAGGAUAUCCUUUAUGGAGCUUAUGGGGUAUGAGUCUUGACAUAAGUGGUUCAUCAGUUAUGUCAUUCCCCUGGGAAUAUAUGAACCUACAUGUACAGUACUUUUAGGGUCUUUAGUUCCUGUCCUGAACGGAUGAGCCGGCGAAAGUCGACACCUGCGCCCAUGACAGGCAUGUGCUACAGCAACUUGUUCUGACCUGACCUGACCUGGCCUUAGGGUCUUCUUCAAUUUGUCAGAAAGAGCAUUUUGAAAAUUUUGCUGCAGUGAGUGAUGGAGAAUGUAAUAAAACAAGGCUACCUGCGCAAGUCGUUUCACAGUGAGCGAGGACUGUCGGGUAUUCUGGAGAGGAUAGACCCCACCAAAUGGUUUGUGCUCGGUGUUAGAGAUGGGGCUCCCUACCUCGAGUAUUAUGACAAGGAAAUGGACGUGUUCUCGGCUGAGCCAAUCAACACGUUUAAUCUGUCGAACUGUCGAAGAGUGACGUACACGCAAGUCCGUAAUGCGUCUUUGCACAGAUUCAGUCUCGACCUGCAGGAUCGGGUCAUUGAGCUGGCCACACCUGAUAGGGGAAAGAUGCUGGAAUGGUAUAAUAUCUUGGAAUCAACGCUCGACUCCCUUGGUAUAUUACACAAAGAAGAUCAUGAACAUGUCUACUCUUUCUGUCCGGCAGUUGUAAAUUUUGGUUCGUCGUUCAGAAAGCAACAAGAGGCAGCAAAAGCCGAAGAAGAUGAUGUGUUUGGAACCGUCGGCACCGCUGAGCAGCAAGAGAAGAUGAAAAGAAAGGAGUCGAUAGACAAUGCCGCCUUGUCAAAACCGAACGACUCGGCUGCCAGCCUGACCAGGAGCAGCACCAUGGACGAUGGCAUUAGCUCUGACUACUCCGGUGAUUUCAUGGACAGCGACUUCUGGCAGAAGAACAAGAUCGAAGGCAGUAACGAGAUGCUCAGUGCAAGAAUUAACCUGCCAACACCUGCAGUGAGAGUGUCCUUGCUAGAAAUAAACAAUAACAACAAGUCCAAGACUCCGAAAACUGCAGCACCGGAUCCCAGGAAUGGUGUCAGUAUGGUAGCAGUUGCAUCUGCUGUUGGUACAAGUGGUGUUGGCGUUGCUGCUGGUGGUAGAGCUGUUGAUCAGACAGAGGUUAAAGGGUCGCUGUGUUCUUCUAUUAAGACAUCCCAGGAUAACUGUUGCAAUGGUGAAAGUAGUCGAGAUGUUUCUUUGCCUUCGGCUAAGUGUGGUACACGAGGUGCAGGUGAUUCAGGUUGUGCAGCUGCUGUUUCUUGCCAGAGCUCGUGUAGCCAAGACCAGAAUGAUGCUAAAAAUGAAAAUUUAUAUUCCGAUUUCCCUAUUGCAGACCAGCAAGCUAAAUCGGCUACAAAUCUGCUGGAGAAUUCAUCAGAAUCAUUACCUUGUUCCCAUGAUACAUGUGUCAAACAGUCAAAUCCUUCGCCAUCUGCCUGGGUAAAAUUUGAUGAAGAUUCUGCGUGUGAUUCUGCCGUAAAUUGUGAACAUCAUUUGUUGAAAAUAGAUUCUAGUUUUGUAAGAGACAAACUGCGACAUUCCACCGGCUCGACCAAAAGAAAGACUUCCCAGAAUGAUGACGAUCAAGCUACUGAUGUUCAAAUUGCAAGACACUCAAUGCAUUGUCCCAUAAAUCCCCCACUUCCCCCAAGGAACGACUCCCUACUAUCAAGACGCUGCACUGUCGCUGGUCCGGCGAGAGAGUCUUCUCAAGCCAGUGCUGUGCUAGCCAACUCCAGACUACCAGAGACUAACGGCAUCCCUCCUCUCCCUCCGAGAAGGGUUGACUCGGUUUCCGAGAACAGAGACAUAAAUCCCCCUCCCCCACUUCCAUCAAGAGACUUUCAGAACUCGAAUUCGGCUGCUCCUCCCAAUCUGCCGAGAAGGAGUUAUGUGACGCGUCAUUCUGCAGGUGAUUCAGAAGGAGCAGCAGCAUUGCCACCAACGCUGCCUGGGCGACCACAACACCGUCUGUCCAUGAAGAUGAAGCUGGAUCGGUCGGACAAAGCGUUCAACGUAGUGUCUCUCAAACAGAGCCAGAUGGAGAUCCUCCAGUUGGAGAUGAACACGAAGGAGCUGGUUGUUCAGCUGCCUCAGAAAGACUGUCUGGGACUGGCGCUCGUCGAUGUCUACGGAUCUGUGUGGAUAGCUGGUUGGAACCAGAAGGAUCACCCGAAACUACAUGACAAGUUUCAUGUUGGCGACCAUGUGAAGAAGGUUGACAAUGCCACAGUAUUCACUGCGGCCAUGGCCAACAAGUUAAUCAAAUCGGCCAAAUCACUGUCUUCUGUAGACAUUGUGGUGCGGAGACUUCCACACGCUAAAGUGCUGUCUAUUCGAAGAUCUGCUGAAGGUGAAAGUCUUGGUAUUAAGAGAGAAGGUGGAACAGGAGAGAUUAUCUAUGUUGACCUGAAUGGAUUGGCAGCUAAGAAUGGAUUAUCAACUAAAGCUCCAUGUAUUUUCAGUCAGAACUUAUGUAACUGGUUCAUCACUGAAAUCAACAGCAGACCAGUCAGUCUUUUCUUUAAGGAGUUAGAGAUUGAACACCGACUAAAUGCUGUAGGCAAGGAGAUCUCCUUGGUGGUGCAGCCCAUCGACUUUGUUAACGAGAUCAAGAAGGGACUCAAGAAGUUAAAGAAUCAUAAGCAGUUUAUUGUCAAAUAAGAGUUCAUAGUGAAUAUACAGUCAAACUGGCUACACCAAAUAUCUUUAAGUUAGUAACCAGACACUGACUUUGUUAACGAGAUCAAGAAGGGACUCGAGUAGUUGAAGAAUCAUAAGCAGCUUAUUGUCAAAUAAGACUUCACAGUGAAUAUACAGUCAACUCGGCUCCACGAAAUAUCUUAAGUUAGUUCAUUAAUUUCAACUUAUUUUCGUGCUUACAUGUAUAUCCAAUUAAGGUUCAAGCACUCUGUCCUGGGCACACACCUCAGCUAUCUGGGCUGUCUGUCCAGGACAGUGGGUUAGUUGUUAGUUGGUUAGUGAUUAGUGAGAGAGAAGAGGGUGUAGUGGCCUUACACCUACCCAUUGAACCCUUAAGAUCUCGCUCUGGGUUGAAGCCAGAACUGGGCUGCGAACCCUGUACCUACCAGCCAGUUUAAGUUAGUAACCAGACAUUGACUUUGUUAACGAGAUCAAGAAGGGACUCAAGAAGUUGAAGAAUCAUAAGCAGUUUAUUGUCUGAUAGAGUUCACAGUGAAUUUACAGUUAAACUGGCUCCACCAGACACCUUAGUACAACCCGUGUAAUUGCCUGCGACAAUCGGCAAUGCUGUGGAUAUUGCUACAGAUUAUUUAAUUCCUCCAUGUCAUCUUAUUUGUCAGGGGUGGGACGUAGCCCAGUGGUAGAGUGCUCAUCUGAUGCGCAGUCGGUCUAGGAUUGAUCCUCUAUUUCUCAUUCCAGCCAGUGCACCACGACUGGUAUAUCAAAGUCUGUU